GCUGGACAGCUUUAGAGAAGAUAAAACGACACCGUUUAUUUCAGCACGGUCUAAAUGGUGUUUCAUCCCUCGUUGAUACUCCAGGGAGCCAGCUGCUUCAAAUAUUACACAUUACCGUUAUAUUAAAACCCUAAGCCGCCAUAUCAAGAUUUAUCACGAUCUUCUCUUCCUCUCUUACUUUCAAACACCAAAUACACAGUUCAAUCCCUCCUCCGAUUUAAUACGGUGGUUUUUUUUUUUUAACAAUUAGACUGCUGGUUCUGAAUAUUCAUUGGAAAAUUAUUGCAGUCUCGACUUAGAAUGGGCAGAUUCGGAUGGCUAGGGUUGUGCAAGCGUCAUUUGCAGUCAACAUCGGCCAUAGAUUUUUUGCCGAUUGAACAUUGCAGGGUUCCUGCAUUCAUUCACCAGAGAAUUUUGCACGGUUACAACGUUCUUCAUGGGAAGCCUUCUGAUUUUGCAACCAUGGGAAUACCAUCAGCAACGCGGUAUAUUCAUGCUACAGGGAUUUGCUAUUCCACUGAACGGAAUUACUAUGAAAUUCUGGGUGUUCCUCAGAAUGCCAGUCGAGAUGAAAUCAAGAAGGCUUUUCAUGUGCUUGCUAAGAAGUUCCAUCCAGAUGCAAACAAGAACAAUCCUUAUGCAAAGAGGAAGUUUCAAGAGAUAAGAGAUGCCUAUGAGACUUUGCAAGAUUCCGAAAAGAGAGCACAAUAUGACAGGGAGCGUACUAUGGGUUCAGAGAGUGUAAAAGAUGCUGCUGGAGAUGGGUUCAGAUAUGCUUAUAGAAGCCAUUUCUCUGAUUCAUUCCGUAAAAUUUUCGCUGAGAUCUUUGAACAUGAGACUGAAAAUUUUGCAACUGAUAUUCAGGUGGAGCUGUCACUCUCUUUUUCUGAAGCUGCUAAAGGAUGCACAAAGCAUCUCUCUUUUGAUGCAUAUAUCCCCUGUGAUUCCUGCUUCUUGCAUGCAGAUGGGCGUGGCCAUCCUGUUGAUGCCAAGACAAAAGUUUGUCCAAUUUGCAAAGGCAUUGGGAGAGUUACUAUUCCUCCAUUCACAUCGACAUGUAGUAGUUGUAAAGGCUUGGGGCGAAUUGUUAAGGAGCAUUGUACAACAUGCAGAGGAUCAGGGGUAGUUGAAGGUGUUAAGGAUGUUGAAGUUGUUAUACCAGCAGGUGUUGAUUCUGGAGAUACUAUCCAUGUGCCAAAAGUUGGUAAUGCUGGAGGACGAGGAGUUGAACCUGGGAACUUAUACAUAAAAUUAAAGGUUGCUAAAGAUCGUACUUUUGUCAGAGAUGGUGCAGAUGUUUAUGUGGAAUCUAGUAUCAGCUUUACACAAGCAAUUCUUGGUGGUACAGUUGAGGUGCCAACUCUAUCUGGGAAGAUGCAAUUAAAAAUACCAAAGGGGGUUCAGCCUGGACAGCUUUUGGUACUAAGAGGAAAAGGAUUGCCAAAGCAUGGUCUUCUUGUAGACCAUGGAGAUCAGUAUGUGCGUUUCCGCAUUAACUUCCCCACGGCAAUAAAUGAACGCCAACGUGCUAUCUUAGAGGAAUUUGCAAAGGAAGAAAUAGUUCAUGACAGCAGCACAUCUGGUGAAGGAAAUUGGUGGCAGCAAAUUUUUGAACGUGGAACGGGUCCUAGGUUUAUGCUUGAAAUGUCUCUGUUCAUAUUGGUUCUUCUGUUGCUGAGUAAAACCAUGGGCUGAGGACCUACCUGGUGGCUUUAAGGGAUGGAUAGCGAGUGCUGCCAUCUUUAUCCUUUGCAGGAGUUCUGUGUUGAUGGAAGGUAUCUCUUGCCAUUAGCAAUUGCACUUAGCAGUGAUUUAACCCCUAGCUCAGAGCUGCUUCACCUUUUGGGUUUAAUAAUUGUCCAUUGUACGUUCAACAUGCAUAAUUUUUGUAUACAGCUGGUUCUUUUCAUUAAUAAAAAUGUUACUUGUUCAAAUUUUGUCC